AUGGAAAAUUUUAAUAAUAAUAAUGAUGAUAAUUAUCAUGCUUUUACUCGUGAAGUUGUCUUACGACAUGUCAAUCUAAUAUGUUAUUGUCAUAAACUUGAAAAAAUAUUUGGACCUUUUAUAUUGUGGUUUAUGAUAACAAAUGCUGUGAUUCUUGUUUCUGCAACAUAUAUGAUUGUUGAAUUGAGUCACUUGUUAUCAUUUGGUGAUACAAUACAAUUUUUUGUAUUUAUUUUAGUUAAAUUGUUACAAGCAUAUAUAUAUGGCUAUUUUGGAUCAUAUUUACAAGAAGAAAAAUAUAUUAUAUCAAUAUAUUUUUCAAAUUGGCUUGGAAAGAAAAAAUUUAUGUCAUCAAUUGUGAUGUUGUUACAAAAACCAUUGAUGCUUAAUAUUUGCAGUUUUUCAGUUUUAUCUGUUCAAUUAUUUUCUGCAACUCUCAAUACAACAAUAUCAUAUUAUUUUUUAUUGAAAACUCUUGACAACUGA